AUGACUCAGAUCAACCCUGUCCCGUCCCUAGAGACGGCGCGAGAAGUAAUUUCGCAGUCGAGAAACUCCCAAUUCGCUCCCAACCUGUUGCCCGUGACUGCCUCGAUUCCUGCGGAUCUGUUGACUCCUACAUUGGCAUACUUGAAAAUCGCUGAGAAUUCCCGAUUGUCAUUCUUGUACGAGAGCGCAGCGACGACAGAGACUAUUGGAAGAUACAGUUUUGUUGGUGCAGACCCCCGGAAGGUGAUCAAGACUGGUCCAGGCCAUGGCCCCGAGGCUGACCCCCUGCCAUACUUGGAGAAAGAACUCUCUCAAUUCCGGGUUGCAACUGUCCCCGGGUUGGUCCUCCCCCCUCUGACCGCUGGAGCGAUCGGAUAUGUUGGUUACGACUGUGUCCGAUACUUUGAACCGAAGACUGCUCGCCCCAUGAAGGAUGUGCUGGGUGUACCGGAAUCAUUCUUCAUGCUGUUCGAUACUAUUGUAGCAUUCGACCACUUCUUCCAGGUUGUCAAGGUUAUCACCUAUGUUCCAAUCCCUGCAUCAGACGCCGAUAUCGAGCCUGCGUACCGCAAGGGCCAGGAGAUUAUUCAGAACACCAUUGAGACUUUGCUGCAGGACCGCACACCGCUGCCUCCACAGGGUCAUAUCAUUCAAAACCAGGAGUACACUUCUAAUAUCGGCCAAGAGGGCUAUGAAAGCCAUGUCAAGAAGCUGAAGGAGCACAUUGGCAAGGGAGAUAUCUUCCAGACCGUCCCCUCACAACGUCUGUCUCGACCCACGUCUCUUCACCCUUACAACCUUUUCCGUCACCUCCGCACCGUCAACCCCUCCCCUUACUUGUUCUACAUCGACUGCCAAGACUUCCAGCUCGUGGGAGCUAGCCCCGAGCUUCUUGUGAAGGAAGAACGCGGACGGAUCAUCACUCACCCCAUUGCUGGUACCGUGAAGCGUGGUAAGACUCUGGAAGAGGACACCGCGCUGGCCGAUGAGCUGCGUAGCAGUCUGAAGGACCGUGCCGAGCACGUCAUGCUGGUGGAUCUGGCCCGUAACGAUGUGAACCGAGUAUGUGACCCAAUGAGCACCCAGGUUGACCGCCUGAUGGUCGUGGAGAAGUUCUCGCACGUGCAACACCUUGUCUCACAGGUCUCCGGUGUCUUGCGUCCUGGCAAGACCCGCUUCGAUGCUUUCCGCUCUAUCUUUCCCGCAGGCACCGUAUCCGGUGCACCCAAGAUUCGCGCUAUGCAGCUGAUCGCCGAGCUGGAGGGUGAGAAGCGUGGUGUCUAUGCCGGUGCUGUAGGAUAUUUCGGAUACAACAGCGCCAACGCUGAUGGCUCAAGCGAGGAACCUGGUGCCAUGGAUACUUGCAUUGCUCUGCGAACAAUGAUGGUUAAGGAUGGUGUUGCGUACCUGCAGGCUGGAGGUGGUAUUGUCUUCGACUCCGACCCAUAUGAUGAGUUCAUUGAGACUAUUAACAAGCUCGGUGCUAAUAUUGCUUGUAUUCGUGGGGCGGAGGAGAAGUAUCUCAGCAUGGAGUCGAACUAG